GGGAGCUAUUCGCAGCAUCAGUUCAUCCCAGCAUCAUCUAUCUUCGCAAAUUACUGCCUCAUACGUUGAAAUACUAAUCUGACAGUUUUGGUAAUGUGCAACUCUUAGUUCCGCUCGGGAUUUUAGGGCCUACCUACAACAACAGAACAAGGAAGUGUUGGGCCCACAUGGGCAGCGUUUUGGCACUAUCUUCCGGUCCGGGCCAUCAAAACUGGCCUUUUUCCACGGACCCCCCUCCAUCUCGCUGGGACGCACAUCCUGCUCACUGGGACAGUCCACCACGCUGGGAGAGAAGAGAUGGCCGCCUGCCCAACCCAGGCAGCUUCCACUCUCUCCACAGAAGCUGUAAAGAUGUAUUUCCUCAACAGAUUGAGGGUGUCAAGAUGAUCCUUAAUAAAACUUUGAGCAGCUUUUUUAAGGUCAGUCAUACUCUCCACCUCAGUGCUGUAAGUCCUUCAUACUAUCGAUUUCACGUGGAGCACCUGCAAUCUGAUGACUACAGCAAAGACAAGGAUGCCCCAGCUUUGAUUGGUGAGAUGGAUUCUUCAGGCAGUCUGAAUGCUCAUGCUCUGCUGCACCUCACUGAGCGUGUGCGAGCCAGAUCAGUGUUCCAGACCCAGCAGUCUCAGUUUGUAACAUGGCAGUUUGAAACUGAGUACAGAGGGAAUGACUUCACUGCUGCUGUGACAGUAGCCAACCCUGACAUCCUCAGAGAGUCAGUUAUCCUCGUGGCACACUUUCUUCAGAGUGUGUCUUCUGGGCUGGUGUUAGGAGGAGAGCUGGUCUACCAUCGUGGCCGAGCAGAGGAGGGAGGCAUUCUUACUUUGGCUGGACAGUACUCAAGACCAAACUGGGUGGCAACGUUAAAUGCUGGGAAAGGAGGGGCUCAUGCAAGCUACUAUCACAGAGCUAACAAACAGAUACAAGUUGGGGUAGAGUUUGAGGCCAGCACCAGGACGCAGGAGACCACAACCUCAUUUGGGUACCAGAUGGAACUCCCAGAGGCUAACAUGGUCUUUAGAGGUAUGAUAAACAGCCGCUGCAUAAUAGGAGGCGUGUUGGAGAAGCGUCUGUCCCCACUCCCUGCCACCCUUAUUAUGGGUGCCUUUGUAAAUCACAGAGGUGACAAACUGCAGCAUAUAACACUGUGUGAUUUUCACACAUGAACAAAUGAGCCUGUUGACUCAAAAAGGAAGAGUCAGCUCCACGCUGUCCGGCUGAGGACGGUCAGAGGGCUGCUGUGACUGCUGAGUCAGGACUGUACUGUAUGAAAAUAUGCCAACAUGAAGGCAUGUGGAAACACAGACCUUAAUGCAAGCUGCACUACUCGGACUGCUUCUGGGCUUCUUCAGUCCUGUGUAACAUAAAAAUGUUGAACAUCUAUUAUUUAUACAUUAUGUAAUAUAAGCAAAGAGAAGUGGAAUG